AAAUGAAUUUUUAAAUUUUGGAAUAAAGAAAAAUAAUAAACAUAGGAUAACAGCAAUAGAAUAUUAUGAUUUUCAAACGAUUGCAUUCAUGGUUUUGGCGUGCAUAAGGAAUAACAAAAAUUACGCGAGAUAAAGUGUUAAGACAGAGAGAGAGAGAGUGAGAGAAACUAAAGAAACAAACAAUGGAACAAAUCCUGCCGUUUGCAACAAUAAAAGAUGCAAAAGAUGAAAUUAUAGAAUCACUGCAUACUGUAGAUAUUGUAGACGGAAUUGACACAGCGACCUCAUCGCCAAAGAAUGUUGAACGAAUACGUUUGCCGAUUAAGGGUAUGACUUGCCAGUCGUGCGUGCGUAACAUAGAAGGACAUAUCUCAAAUAAGCCAGGCAUAGUAAAGGUCAAAGUGGAAUUGCAAGAAAAUGCUGGCUAUUUUGAUUAUGAUUCUACAAUAACAGAUGGUCAACAAAUUGCCGUUGCAAUCGAUGAUAUGGGCUUCGACUGUCAAUAUGAAUUGGAUGGGCAAAAAGACAGUUUACCGCAGGAGUGUGCGGUGGAGGUGCUGGGUAUGACCUGCCAAUCCUGUGUUAAUAAUAUAGAAAGUAAUAUUGGCAGUAGAGCAGGAAUCUUAAAAAUCGUUGUGAACUUAGCGCAAAAAAAUGCCGAUGUUCUUUAUGAUCCCGCACAAUUAUCUCCAGAACAAAUAGUUGAAAUGAUCGACGAUAUGGGCUUCGAUGCCAAAGUAAAACAAAAGUCAAGCAAUAGUCCCAGAUCUAUGCACCGCGAAACGUCAACGAAAACUUCAGUAAGUUGCAAAUCUUCUACGCCUACAAAAUGUGUCAAACAACAGGUGUCGUCCGGUAACACUAAGACCUCCCCAAUUAACGGCCACGCAACUAUUGUAUCAGUAGAUGAGGAACUCUUAUCAAAAUGUUUUCUUCAUAUAAGGGGAAUGACUUGUGCUUCGUGCGUGGCAGCCAUAGAAAAACAUUGCCGAAAGAUUUAUGGUAUUGAUAGUGUAUUGGUGGCUCUGUUAGCAGCCAAGGCUGAAGUUAAGUACAAUGCCAAUGUCAUAACACCAGAAAAUAUUGCUAAAUCUAUAACAGAAUUAGGAUUCCCUUCUGAAAUAAUCGACGAACCGGAAAGCGGUGAAGUUGAAGUGGAAAUUGAAAUUCUUGGCAUGACUUGUGCAUCAUGUGUUAAUAAAAUCGAAACGCACGUUAGUAAAUUGAAAGGCGUUACUAAUGCUUCCGUCACUCUCAUGACAAAACGCGGAAAAUUUCGUUUUAAUACGGAAAUCUCAGGACCGCGCGAUAUAUGCGAAGCUAUUGAACGACUGGGCUUCCAGGCCCGUCUACUUAUUGGCAAAGAUAAGAUGACACACAGCUAUUUAGAGCAUAAAGAAGAGAUCCGAAAAUGGCGUAAUGCGUUCCUGAUAUCGUUAAUGUUUGGCGGUCCGUGCAUGUUUGCGAUGAUUUACUUUAUGGUGGAAAUGAGUGAGUUGGGACAUGCGGCAAUGUGUUGCAUUGUUCCAGGUCUGUCAAUGGAAAAUUUAGUUAUGUUCCUAUUAUCGACACCGGUGCAAUUUUUUGGUGGCUGGCACUUUUACGUACAAUCAUACCGAGCUGUCAAACAUGGCGCCACAAAUAUGGAUGUUUUGAUAUCAAUGGUUACCACCAUAUCUUAUUUAUAUUCGGUAUGUGUCGUCGUUGCCGCUGUACUAAUGGAGCAAAACUCAUCACCUUUGACUUUCUUUGAUACACCGCCAAUGUUGUUGAUUUUUAUUUCGUUGGGUAGAUGGUUGGAACAUAUUGCCAAAGGGAAGACUUCGGAAGCCUUAUCCAAACUGUUGUCUUUAAAGGCUGCCGAAGCCGUUUUAGUCGAAAUCAAUGAAGAAUUUGAAAUAAUUUCGGAAAAAGUAAUCUCAGUAGAUUAUGUGCAACGGGGUGAUAUUCUUAAAGUGAUACCUGGAGCCAAAAUACCUGUGGAUGGUAAAGUUUUGUUUGGUCAUUCUACUUGUGACGAGUCACUAAUUACAGGCGAAUCGAUGCCAGUGGCUAAGCGUAAAGAUUCUGUGGUAAUUGGUGGAUCCAUUAAUCAGAACGGUGUUCUAUUGAUAUCGGCUACACACACGGGCGAGAACACUACCCUAGCGCAAAUAGUACGUCUAGUAGAGGAGGCUCAAACCUCAAAAGCUCCGAUACAGCAAUUGGCUGAUCGCAUAGCCGGCUAUUUUGUGCCAUUUGUGGUUUUGAUCUCGAGUGUGACCUUAAUAGGCUGGAUUAUAGUCGGUUUCAUUAAUCCAAAUUUAGUGCCCGUAGCCUCGGAACACAAAGAGCACAUGGAUACCAAUACCAUAGUGAUAAGUUAUGCUUUCAAGUGUGCUUUAAGCGUUUUAGCUAUUGCCUGCCCCUGUGCUCUAGGAUUGGCUACACCUACCGCAGUUAUGGUCGCCACUGGCACUGGUGCCAUUAACGGUGUUCUAGUUAAAGGUGCUACUGCUUUGGAAAACGCCCAUAAGGUUAAGACUGUGGUCUUUGAUAAGACAGGAACUAUAACGCACGGCACUCCUAUGACCUCAAAGGUUAUUAUGUUCGUUAAACCUUCGAUUUGCAGUUUAAGCAAAGCCCUUACUAUCAUCGGGGCUGCUGAAACUAAUAGCGAACAUCCAAUUGCUUCGGCUAUAGUACGCUUUUCCAAAGAUAUGCUUGGUCAAGAGAUUUUAGGUAAAACCCAUAAUUUUCAAGCAGUACCGGGUUGUGGUAUAAAAGUUUUGGUCUCCCAUUAUGAGCCUGCGCUAAAACAAGCCAGCCUUGCUGAGAAGAUAGUUAACUUUGAAAAUAGCUACCGCUCUCAUGGUAAUAAUAUUUCUAUUGCACCGAUUCAAUUGGAAAGUGGGGUCUCCAUCAGUGAACUAAUACCCACGCAAACCGAAGCACAACGCAUUUUAAUGGCACAGCAUCACCUGCAAUUGCUGCAUUUAGAUGAUCAUAUCUCACCCGAAAUAAACGAGUCUUCAACAGAAAGUGCACCAAACGAUGUUGGUACUGCUCCUGGGCUUAGUAGCGAAAUCAGUGUUCUAAUCGGCAAUCGGGAGUGGAUGUUACGUAACGCUAUAAAUGUUCCUGAAGAGAUUAAUAUCGUAAUGACACAAGAGGAGUCGAAAGGUCAUACGGCAGUCUUGUGUGCUAUGAAUGAUCAAUUAAUUUGCAUGUUCGCCGUUUCCGACAUGGUCAAAACCGAAGCUCAUUUAGCUAUAUACACGUUAAAAAAAAUGGGCAUUGAUGUCAUACUGCUCACCGGCGAUAAUAAGAAUACAGCGGCGAGCAUAGCAAAAGAGGUAGGCAUUAAUCGUGUGUUCGCUGAAGUUCUGCCUUCACAUAAGGUGGCCAAAAUUCAACGCAUUCAAGGUUCAGGGAAGCGUGUUGCUAUGGUCGGUGAUGGAGUAAACGACAGUCCGGCAUUAGCGCAAGCGGACGUUGGUAUUGCUAUAGCGGCUGGCACAGAUGUUGCCGCCGAAGCUGCGGAUGUAGUGCUCAUGCGCAACGAUCUGCUUGAUGUAGUAGCCUGUUUAGAUCUUUCACGCCGCACCGUACGACGUAUACGUUACAACUUUUUAUUUGCUAGCAUGUAUAACCUCUUGGGUAUACCUUUGGCUUCAGGUAUAUUCGCCCCUUUUGGCUUCACCUUACAACCGUGGAUGGCCUCGGUCGCCAUGGCAGCCAGUUCUGUGUCCGUAGUAUGCUCUUCCCUUAUGCUAAAAUUCUACACUAAACCUACAAUAACUUCCUUGCACAACGACGAUUAUAUGGAUUAUGUGGCUGCCGCCAAAUGCAAAGAACCCGAUCAGCUAUCUCUUCAUCGUGGACUAGAGGAUUUGCCGAAACGCCGCUCCAGCAAUUCCUUAUUAUCUAGAUUGCUGACUUUGCAUACAGGCAGUGUAAAAAUGGAACCCAACGAAGACAGUUUAUUGGCAUCGAUAGAUACAGAACGUCAUGAUUUUCCCACACCAAAAAUUAUUAAAAGCAAAAAAAAUUUCCAAGAUGUAACAGAACUGCAAAAACUAUAGGCCCAGUAACGCAAGCAAAACUUAUACCCGUUCUUUUAAUGUUAGAGGAGGACGUAUCGAUUAGAGAGAAUUAAAAUUUGUUAAAUCUUUUUUUAUCGUAAUUGUUUAUGGUAAACAUUAAGAAAAUAUUUUUCACA